AUGGCCAAGAAAGGACCUAAUAGUAAAGCCGAGGCUGCCAAUGCUAAAAAAGCUGCUGCAAAGGCAGAAAAAGAUAAAAAGGCAGCUGCUGCCGCCGAAGCUUCCGAAGCCGACAAGUGGAGUAAAGGCGCUAAGAAGAAUAAUAAAAAGGAAGAGGCAGAAGCCAAAAAGGCUGCUGCUGCUGCUAAGAAAGCGGAAGCCGCUAAACUUCUGGCCGAAGAAGAGAAGCAAUUCACAAAGAAACCUUUAUUAAAGGGUGCUGACAAAAAAGCGGCUCAAAAAUCAGCCAAGAAUGCUGCUGCUGGUGAAGCCAGAAGAGUCAUACCCGAAUUUUCGGCUACUGGUAUUGAUGAUGCACUUGAAUUAUUAUCUGUCGAUGACAAUGGCCCUGUGAAAUCCAAAGACAUUGAAAAACAUCCAGAAAGACGUUUCAAGGCUGCAUUGACUGCUUUUGAGGAACGAGAAUUGCCUAGAUUUAAAGCAGAAAAUCCUGGUUUGCGUUUAAGUCAAUUGAAAGAAUUGAUCUAUAAAGCAUUUCAAAAAUCACCCGAGAACCCUUUCAACCAAGCUAAUGUAGUCGCUUAUAACGCAACACAAGAAGAGGCCAAAUCACUCAAGGAUAACAAAAAGAAAGAAGUUGAGGAUCGUUAUCGUACGAAUUAA